GUUGUACCUCUCGCUAAGAUUAUUUAAUAUUUUUUCUUCUUUCACUGAUCAUCAACACUUUUGCCACAACCGCGCGUCUUCUGACUGCGGCCCUAACUCCGCAGUGUAGCCCGACAGCUACACGUUUGUAAAGUAUACCCUGUGAAUACACCCUAAGGUUUGAGAUUUAAGAUUGUGAUUCUACGCCGGGUUAGGGCUUCAGCAGCACCUGAAAAACUGUGCAUAUUAGUGAGCUUGAACGCCUCACAACAUGUGGGAGGUUGUUCGGUGUCUUAAGACUUGCGGGGAAUGAACCCCGCUUACUUUUGGCUUUGUGCCACGGCAUAGGUAGAAAAACUAGAGCAGGAGAGUUUCAAACGCCGUGGCGGUCCGAUCAACGCUUUUCUUUUUUGGACCAGAAGGUUUAGAAUGUCAUGGCAAAUGUAUAUCAUUCAUGAUGCUCAGUAAGCUUUAUAUGAGGUCCAGACGAAUUGGCCGUGUCUUAUUCUGAAUCAUGGCGCUUUAGCCUACAGCGUGGAACCUGAGUCAUGGGAGCUCCAGUCUUUGCGAGAGAGUACUACACGCAGUUGUGGUGCUCGGUCGCCUGAUGUCAUCGAAGACGGCUUGACUAUGGUUCUUUGCAGUUUUAACUUUUUUUCUUCUGUCGGCCGUUUUUGAUGAUCAACCCUUGGUGGGAGUUUUCUAGAUCUUUGGGUGAUCUUCAUUACAGCUAGAUAUUGAGCUUCAAGUAUGGACCAUUAUGGAAUGACAACAGCAUACUUCCGAGGCAUCCGAGCCAGAAGCAAGGUAUCUGCAAUUAAUUAAAUGGUGUUGGGACUCAAUGAUGUUUGCGGGAUUCUCAACAUUCCCUCUCUGCUUGCAAUGUACACCCUACUCUGAAUUUAGAAGCGUUGGAGUUCUAACCUUCUUGGCCAACCCUUCGUCUGAAUCGGCGGUUCUGAAUACUGGUCUUUGAUGAAGGCGAUGUAUCACAUAGCUGAUGAUUUAAGUUGUAAAUGGCACUUGGUUGAGAAAUUUGGUGUUUUAGAAUCUAGCUCUUUAAUAUUGAUCAGCUUUCCGCCAUGAAGAAAGAGACCAAACUACUGGAAGUUCUCAUAAUUCUGGAGGUCAGAAAUGAGUUUCAGCAGAGUUGGAUUCCAAAAACUGAAAAGCCUACACUCCGACUCUCUAUUGGUGUUAUGCUGGCUCGAUCUGUUACUUAGGAAGCUGUAUCAAAUAGAUUAAGUGUUUACGGAAAAUCUUGUUACUGUUCAGCCAGUUUCUAGCAGCAUUCGAUUAUGUUAUGGAUCUGCAUCCUGCACCGGAAGUGUUCUGGCGGACAGUUGUGAUUCGUGUACGGACAGAGUCCGAAUUUGCCUGUGCUGCAGCCGUUUCAGAAAGCUUUGGAAACCUCCAUAAGCUGAUGCCAAUGAGCUUUUCAAAAACAUUUGUGCACCUUGACAUGGAGACUGCUACAUAGCAUGGCUCAUGAUGGAAAGUAUUAUAAGAUUUGAGCCAGACAAGAUGAGUCGGAUGGUUGAAGACCCGUCGCCGAACAUCCCUGCCCAGACCCAGAAGCACCACCCAGGAGUAGAGGCGGAGAUUCAAGGACCUAAACCUCAGUACUACUCGGACAAAUAUGUUCCCGCAGGAAAGUUGGAAGGCAAAGUGGCAAUCGUCACAGGUGGAGACUCGGGAAUCGGCCGGUCUGUAAGCGUCCUGUUCGCUGCCGAGGGAGCAGAGGCGGUCGUGAUUGUGUAUAAGGCUCCUGAAGAGGAUAUCGACGGCGAGCACACUGUGAAAGAUAUCGAGAGGGUUUCGCUCGGGAAGUGCAAAGCCAGAGUCAUUAGGACAGAUUUGGGACAUGAUGAUAACUGCAAGCUAACGAUCGACGCGGUAGUGAAGGAGUUCGGCCGCAUCGAUGUGCUCGUCAAUAAUGCCUCCGAGCAGUUUUACAAGGAGAGCAUUGAGGAGAUCGAACCCGAGCAGCUAGAGCGCACCUUCCGAAGCAACAUCUUCUCGAUGUUUUACAUGACCCGUCAUGCCGUCAAGCAUAUGAAGGAGGGAGCCUGCAUCAUCAACACGACCUCAAUCACAGCCUACCAAGGCGCUCCGAUGCUCCUCGACUACUCCGCGACAAAGGGCGCGAUACUGGCAUUCACAAGAGGACUCGCUCUGCAACUCGUCAAGAGGGGGAUUCGCGUCAAUGGAGUAGCGCCAGGCCCGAUCUGGACCCCCUUCAUCCCCGCUUCCUUCCCCGCUGAGCAGACCGAAGGCGCCAAGUGGGGCACCAGCACAGUGCCCAUGGCACGCGCUGGCCAGCCCUUCGAAUGCGGCACUGCGUAUGUCUUCCUGGCAUCUGAGGAUUCCUCCUAUUACACAGGCCAAGUGCUCCACCCUAACGGCGGCGCCGUCGUCAAUGCUUGAGGCACGCACAGUGCUCAUCGUCACUGGAACCUUCAUUGCCAGCGAAUGGUGGAUGCCGACACUUUGCGACCUGCCGAGGCUGUCAGUCCGAUGGGCUUGAAUUGCGACAUUGUAUCGCUGAUUCAUCCAGCCUGAUUCCUGUGUAAAUAGCAGUGUGGAUGUUGCUUGCAUUUCAGAAUGCUCAACUCCUGCGCUACGUUUGUGUAAAACAUGUAAGAGAACUCGCGUCUUUCGGGGACUGCGAGCCUGCCGGUAGAAGAAAGGGUAGCGAUAGCAUUCCGGCGCGUCCUGUGAAUGAAGGCUGCUUCUUUGCUGUGGUGAUGUGAAGGUGAAAUACUUUGCAACAAUGAAUGCCGGAGAACUGGUAGCCUAAUGACAUAUGACAGAGUACCCACGAAGAUUUGAAGCUUCAAGCUGACCUUGUCGUGAUGAGAAUAUUUGAUCAAAUGCUUGAUGACGUAUAACAUUGGUCACUGGUCACUUUUUUGUAUGA